AUGGGUUUUCUUCACAAGCUUUGGGACGAAACGCUGGCAGGCCCCGCACCGGAGUCGGGCUUGGGGAAGCUGCGUAAAUAUAACUCCUUUGUCGGCAGCGGCGGCGCCAGGUCACCAAUGUCGCCGGAUGAUGUGCCUAUUAGCCGCAGCAUCACCAUUCUCCGAGACCCCUCUGCCAUGAGACCCGCCACAUCUGAUCCAGCCUCUCCUUCAAUUCCUAUUACUCCUCGCACCCCAAUAACCCCUGAUACGCCGGGUGUGGAUUUUAAGAAAUUCACGAGGAGGAAAACGUCGGCGAAUGCAGCAGUGGACAGCUCUGCUUCUAUACAAGGUGAUUAUGAGUGCUUUGGAUCAUUGUUGAGAGAGAGGAAGUGA